AUGGAUCCUAAACCAUCGUUUGAUACUUUCAAGGCGAACCCUAGCAGCACGAUUACCUGUCAUCAGAUGUCAGAUAUAGAUGCGAAUGCGGAUCGCACGAAGACACAUCAAGUUCUGUCGCCGACGCAUAUUCAUGCUGCAACUGAAAUUCCAGUUGAAAUCCUCUGCAUCAUCAUGGAGCUUACCAUGCCACCGACUCAGCACUUCCUAGAUUCCACUGUCAUUGCUCGCGACAAUCGUUCCUCGCGGUUUUUUUCACUGCAGACUCUCAGGAACAAUGUGCUGGUAUGCAGGUACUGGUAUAGUGUCGGCAUUAGCUUCCUCUACCGCCAUGUUGUCAUCCUUAAGAGCAAGCAACUCUUCGCGCUUGCACGCGUCGUGUCGAACAACCAUACCCUGGGCAAGAUGAUACUAUCUUUGCGCCUGCAAUGUUAUGUUUCAGUGUCUCAGAUGGCUACAGUCUCGAUGGCUCUGGACGGCAUCUUAGCGGUGACUCCAAAUCUUACGAAAGUUACCCUUGCGCCCAUCUUGAAGAGACAGCCUUUCGGUAGUCGCGAGCUUAUCGGCAUAGUCAAUUUCAUGCCCAUCUUUGGGAGACGUCCUUCCAUUAGUCAGGAGUUUCUUCGCCUAGUCAUUCUCGCGCAGCACAUCCCCCUUCGCACCACAGAUCUGCACUUCCAUGUCAAUAGCACACUCAAAGACACCCUGAACCUCAUGCCAGCUUUCACGUACCUCACCACUUUCCACAUCGAUAUAAUCACUGGAGAAGACGAUGAACUCCCCACCGAGCGACUACAUCUUGCCUUUUUGGAAGAGCUACAAAUUACUUGGUACCCGUGUAGACAUGACAUGAACGUCUUUUCUGCACUGGCUGAGACCCUUAGCCUCCCCUCUCUUCGACGUCUGCUUUUGACAUCACAAGCUCUCGAGGACCGGAUGGUUUUUGAGCCACUAUUGCGUAAAUUUGGAAACAGUCUUCACUUUGUCUCAUUGGUUAGGCCUUAUAUGAACGAUCGCUACCGCUUUUACGACUUUCGCCGCCCUUUUCCCCUGACUCCAUUACUUUCCAUGUGUCCAAAUUUACGCCACCUCGCCACGGAUACGUGUAUUCCAAUCCGGAUGCCUGCGCAUGCACACUUGACAUGGGUAGACUUGUGGGCCCCGAGACAAUUUUUGGAUCCGAGCGAACAGUCAGCUGUGACGCUCAUUCCUCACGAAGAGAAAGUCAAGCUCCCUUCAUUGCGGGGGGUGCGGUUACUUGACAUGUCUUUAUUCUCGUUCAGUGGCGCGCGCACGCCGCUCCUCAUACCUCCAGAUAUGGUCGGGAGCACGGAGAGUGUCGUUUGGAGUUAUUCGAAUCUGGACUUGCGCCAUGACCCUGGAUUACUCUAUAGACACAAGACAGACGAGGUCGAUGAUGUGCUAGCUGAUAGUCUGUGUCACAGGUCGUGA